CCGAAUGCGACGGGGGCUACACGUGAACCAUGGAUACGCCGCUGAGGCGCAGCCGGCGGCUUGAAGGCUUGAAACCUGUGUCCGGAAAGACCCUUCCUGAUCCUGCAGUUUCCCGAGCGAGACGGGCCCUUGUAGAGUUCGAGUCGAACCCAGAAGAAACCAGCGAGCCGAAGUCUGAGAGAGUGCAGCCACUGGGCCUUGCGUCUCCCCAACCUCAGCCGGAGACAAGCCCCGGAUCACCUUGUCCGAAACAGGAUACAGGCUUUGGGUCGCCCCAAAGGCAGUCAGAGCCUGACUCGGAGUCCCUCCAGCCUCAGCAAGAUGUGGGCCUGGAGUCACCUACAGGACAGAGAGAAUCGAGUCCGGAAACCCCCCAACGGGAGGAGUCAUCCAAAUUCUCUGCCACACUGGGAGAACUGGACUCAGAGAUGGUCCACGCAAAGGAGGAGUUGGUACCAGGAUCCCCAGAGCCUUGCCCGGGCCAGCAAGCACCGGGUCCCGAGCCCUCGCAGCCAGUACAAGAGCUGACAUCCCAGGCACCCAGCUUCUCAGAGCAACAGCAGGAACCAAGCAGGCUACCUCCGGCUGGCAAGACGGUGGCAGGAGGCCAUGAUAUAAAGAAGCGACUUAUAUCUUCUCCCCAGGCCCCGGCACCCAAGAAAUUGAAGGAGAAGGAGGAGCUUCCUGUAAUCCCGAAGGGGAAGCCCAAAUCCGGGCGUGUGUGGAAAGACCGCUCUAAGAAGAGGUUCUCCCAGAUGGUUCAGGACAAGCCCCUGCGUACCUCCUGGCAGCGGAAAAUGAAGGAGCGACAGGAGAGGAAGCUGACCAAGGACUUCGCCCGGCAUCUAGAGGAGGAGAAACAGAGGCGCCGGCAGGAGAAGAAGGCACGCCGGGCAGAGAACCUGAAACGCCGCCUCGAGAAUGAGCGGAAGGCUGAGAUUGUCCAAGUGAUCCGAAACCCCGCCAAGAUCAAGAAGGCGAAGAAGAAGCAGCUGCGCUCCAUUGAAAAGAGAGACACCCUGGCCUUGCUCCAGAAGGAGCCACUCCAGCGGCCUGUGGCCAAGGUCUGAGCUCAGGACAGCAUGGAGGCCUCCACCAGUCAAGAGCCACAACAAGCCACCUCUCAGGCCACUGUCAGACAUCUCUCCUGGGGCCAGCACACCAACUCUGUCGCAAUAAGACGGGGAGUGAAGCCCAGCGGGAACCCAGGACCUCACAGGGUCUCAGGAGAGAUUUAACUUUCUCCAUCUCCUUUUAGGUCUUUUCCAAAGUGCCUUAAGAUCUUGAACUGUUGCUAGGCGGUGGUGGCACAUGCCUUAAAUCCCGGCACUCGGGAAGCAGAGACAGGCAGAUCUCAGUUUGAGGCCAACCUGGUCUACAGAAUGAGUUCCAGGACAGCCAGGGCUAGAGAAGCCCUGUCUCAAACAAUAACAAAAAAGAUCUUGAACUGUGACUUGUUCCACAGUGAGCUGGUAACUAACUCGUGCCUCGGGGUCCAGAGUCUAGCCUCUGGAGGCCUGAUGUCAGAUGUCAGCUCCUCCAUUUCUCAAAGGCCAACAACCUUGAUCACUUGUGACUUCUGCUCAUCUGUCCCCUCUGGUAACUGAAGCCUGCCCCUUCCUGUAAAUGGGGAGGUUGCAGGGAACUGGGUUCCUCUCUAGUACCCCUUCACUGGACUGUAGAAACCUUAGGACUUGAGCCGUGCCCACCUGGGCUUCCACAGAAGUGUUUAUUAAUGUCUGCACAAGUACAGUCUGGGCUUCCAGAAAGACAAGUCCCUGCCCCAUUGGGUUUUCAAUCUUCUAAUAAACAAUGG